AUGUUCGCUCGAGCUCUUCAAUCCCUGCCCAAGGCCCAUGCGGCUGGCCGUUUACCCCGUCAAUUCGCAGUCCAGACGCGGUGGAUGGCCUCCGUCGUUAACGGGGGACCCUUGCCAGCCAAGCCUGUUGCUGCUCCAUUCUCCAAUGAACGUGCCACUCUCACGAUCCGCGAUGGCCCAGUGUUCCAUGGAAAGUCGUUUGGUGCCAAAUCCAACAUCUCUGGCGAAGCUGUCUUCACGACCUCUCUCGUCGGCUACCCAGAGUCCCUCAGUGACCCUUCCUACCGUGGGCAGAUUCUCGUCUUCACCCAACCUUUAAUCGGCAACUAUGGCAUCCCGUCGUCCGAACGCGACCAGCACGGCCUCCUCAAGUACUUUGAGUCCCCCAGCCUCCAGGCCGUCGGCGUUGUCGUUGCAGACGCCGCCCUUAAAUACAGCCAUUGGACUGCCGUCGAGAGCUUGAGCGAAUGGUGCAUUCGAGAGGGUGUCCCCGCCAUCUCCGGCGUCGACACUCGCCAAGUCGUCACUUACCUCCGUGAGCAAGGUUCAUCUCUUGCUAAAAUCACCGUCGGCGAGGAGUACGACGCCGACCAGGACGAAGCCUACGUCGACCCUGAACAGAUCAACCUUGUCCGCAAAGUUAGCACCAAGUCUCCCUUCCACGUCAGUGCCGCAAACAGCACGUCUCACGUAGCUGUCAUCGACUGUGGAGUGAAAGAAAACAUCCUGCGAAGCCUUGUCAGCCGUGGUGCCAGCGUGACAGUCUUCCCUUACGACUACCCAGUCUACAAGGUCGCCCACCACUUUGACGGAGUUUUCAUCUCCAAUGGCCCCGGUGACCCAACUCAUUGUGCGCAGACCGUUCACACCCUCGCCAAGCUGAUGAAGACCUCCCAAAUCCCUAUCAUGGGCAUCUGUCUAGGCCAUCAGCUCUUGGGUCUGGCCGUUGGAGCUCGUACCAUCAAGUUGAAGUAUGGUAACAGAGCCCAUAACAUUCCGGCAUUGGACCUGACUACCGGCCGCUGCCACAUCACCAGUCAGAACCACGGCUACGCCGUUGACGCCAGCACCCUUCCAAGUGACUGGAAGCCGUACUUUGUCAACCUCAACGACUCCAGCAACGAAGGAAUGAUUCACAAGACCCGACCAAUCUUCAGCACCCAGUUCCACCCUGAAGCCAAGGGAGGACCUCUUGACUCUUCCUACCUGUUCGACAUCUACCUCGACAGUGUCCACAAGUACAAGGCCAGCCAGGCAACCCACCAGCCCGAGCGGGACAACCGCCCCAGCCCUCUUUUGGCGGAUCUCCUUGGAAACGAGCGAGUCGGUGUCGACAUCGUCCGUAACACCCAGCCUGCCGCUGCCUCAGUAGCCGCUACACCAGAACCAACCCUCGCUGCCGCUACCGCAUGA